AUGGCCGGGGCCUCGGUGAAGGUGGCGGUGCGCGUCCGCCCCUUCAACUCUCGGGAGAUGAGCCGCGAGUCCAAGUGUAUCAUCCAGAUGUCGGGGAGCACCACCACCAUCGUUAACCCCAAACAGCCCAAGGAGACGCCCAAAAGCUUCAGCUUCGACUACUCCUACUGGUCACACACCUCGCCGGAAGACAUCAACUACGCCUCUCAGAAGCAGGUGUACCGCGACAUCGGCGAGGAGAUGCUGCAGCACGCCUUUGAAGGCUACAACGUCUGCAUCUUCGCCUACGGACAGACUGGGGCUGGCAAGUCCUACACCAUGAUGGGCAAGCAGGAGAAGGACCAGCAGGGCAUCAUCCCGCAGCUCUGCGAGGACCUCUUCUCCCGCAUCAACGACACUACCAAUGAUAACAUGUCCUACUCCGUGGAGGUCAGCUACAUGGAGAUUUACUGUGAGCGUGUCCGUGACCUCCUGAACCCCAAGAACAAGGGCAACCUACGUGUGCGGGAGCACCCGCUGCUGGGUCCCUACGUGGAGGACCUGUCCAAGCUGGCGGUCACCUCCUAUAAUGACAUCCAAGACCUCAUGGACUCAGGGAAUAAGGCCCGGACGGUGGCGGCCACGAACAUGAAUGAGACCAGCAGCCGCUCCCACGCCGUGUUCAACAUCAUCUUCACGCAGAAGCGCCAUGACGCGGAGACCAACAUCACCACGGAGAAAGUGAGCAAAAUCAGCCUGGUGGACCUGGCUGGGAGUGAGCGGGCCGACUCUACGGGGGCCAAGGGCACGCGCCUGAAGGAGGGAGCCAACAUCAACAAGUCCCUGACCACCCUGGGCAAGGUCAUCUCCGCGCUGGCCGAGAUGGAUUCUGGGCCCAACAAGAACAAGAAAAAGAAGAAGACAGACUUCAUUCCCUACAGAGACUCAGUGCUGACCUGGCUCCUCCGGGAAAACCUAGGUGGGAACUCCAGGACCGCGAUGGUGGCGGCGCUGAGCCCCGCGGACAUCAACUAUGACGAGACCCUGAGCACCCUGAGGUAUGCCGACCGGGCCAAGCAGAUCCGCUGCAAUGCUGUCAUCAACGAGGACCCCAACAACAAGCUGAUCCGAGAGCUGAAGGACGAGGUGACUCGCCUGCGGGACCUGCUCUACGCCCAGGGUCUCGGCGACAUCACCGACAACGUGUCCGACCUUGAGAACAAUAACCGUAACCGUGGCGGGGUGGAGCUGAACCCAGCCCCUGACAAUCUCUCCACAGUGACCAACGCCCUGGUGGGCAUGAGCCCCUCGUCCUCGCUCUCGGCCCUGUCCAGCCGCGCCGCCUCCGUGUCCAGCCUGCACGAGCGCAUCUUGUUUGCCCCGGGCAGCGAGGAGGCCAUCGAAAGGCUGAAGGAGACAGAAAAGAUCAUUGCUGAGCUCAACGAGACCUGGGAGGAGAAGCUGCGGCGGACAGAAGCCAUCCGGAUGGAGAGGGAAGCGCUGCUGGCCGAGAUGGGCGUGGCUAUGCGGGAGGACGGCGGCACCCUGGGGGUGUUCUCUCCCAAAAAGACGCCACAUCUGGUCAACCUGAACGAGGACCCGCUCAUGUCUGAAUGCCUGCUGUACUACAUCAAGGAUGGAAUCACCAGGGUGGGCCGGGAGGACGCAGAGAAGCGGCAGGACAUUGUUCUGAGCGGGCACUUCAUCAAGGAGGAGCACUGUGUCUUCCGGAGCGACUCUCGCGGGGGAAGUGAAGCUGUGGUGACCCUAGAGCCCUGUGAAGGGGCGGACACCUAUGUCAAUGGCAAGAAAGUCACGGAGCCCAGCGUCCUGCGGUCAGGAAACCGCAUCAUCAUGGGCAAGAGCCACGUGUUCCGGUUCAACCACCCCGAGCAGGCGCGGCAGGAGCGCGAGCGCACGCCCUGUGCGGAGACGCCGGCCGAGCCCGUGGACUGGGCCUUUGCCCAGCGCGAGCUGCUGGAGAAGCAGGGCAUCGACAUGAAGCAGGAGAUGGAGCAGAGGCUCCAGGAGCUGGAGGACCAGUACCGUCGGGAGCGUGAGGAGGCCACCUACCUGCUGGAGCAGCAGCGACUGGACUACGAGAGCAAGCUGGAGGCCCUGCAGAAGCAGAUGGACUCCAGGUACUACCCUGAGGUGAACGAGGAGGAGGAGGAGCCGGAGGACGAAGUCCAGUGGACGGAGCGGGAGUGCGAGCUGGCGCUGUGGGCCUUCCGGAAGUGGAAGUGGUACCAGUUCACGUCGCUGCGGGACCUGCUGUGGGGCAACGCCAUCUUCCUCAAGGAGGCCAACGCCAUCAGCGUGGAGCUCAAGAAGAAGGUCCAAUUCCAGUUUGUCCUCCUCACGGACACACUCUACUCCCCGCUGCCACCUGACCUGCUGCCCCCGGAGGCUGCCAAGGACCGAGAGACUCGCCCCUUCCCGCGCACCAUCGUGGCCGUGGAGGUCCAAGACCAGAAGAACGGGGCCACCCACUACUGGACGCUGGAAAAACUCAGGCAGCGGCUGGACCUGAUGCGGGAGAUGUAUGACCGGGCAGCCGAGGUGCCCUCCAGCGUCAUCGAGGACUGUGACAACGUGGUGACCGGAGGAGACCCCUUCUACGACCGCUUCCCCUGGUUCCGGCUGGUGGGCAGCUACCCUCUUCUCAACACAUGCAUGAGCGAGCGCAUGGCUGCUCUCACCCCCUCCCCCACCUUCUCGAGCCCCGACUCCGACGCCACCGAGCCUGCCGAGGAGCAGAGCGUGGGGGAGGAGGAGGAGGAGGAGGAGGACCUGGAGGACGACGUCUUUCCGGAGCACGUGCUGUGCGACGGCCGGGACCCGUUUUACGACCGGCCCCCCCUGUUCAGUUUAGUAGGAAGGGCCUUCGUGUACCUCAGCAACCUGCUGUAUCCCGUGCCGCUGGUGCACCGCGUGGCCAUCGUCAGCGAGAAGGGCGAGGUGAAGGGCUUCCUGCGCGUGGCCGUGCAGGCCAUCUCAGCCGACGAGGAGGCCCCUGACUACGGCUCCGGCGUCCGCCAGUCGGGAACAGCCAAAAUCUCCUUUGACGACCAGCAUUUCGAGAAGUUCCAGGCCGAGUCCUGCCCCGGGGUGGGCAUGUCCCGCUCAGGGACCUCCCAAGAGGAGCUGCGGAUCGUGGAAGGCCAGGGCCAGGCCGCAGACUCUGGGCCCUCGGCCGACGAGGUCAACAACAACACCUGCUCAGCGGUGACCCCGGAGGGCCUCCUGGACAGCCCCGAGAAAGCCGCCCUGGACGGGCCCCUGGACGCCGCCCUGGACCACCUCGGCCUGGGCAGCACCUUCACCUUCCGUGUGACCGUCCUGCAGGCGUCCAGCAUCUCUGCUGAAUAUGCUGACAUCUUCUGCCAGUUCAACUUCAUCCAUCGCCAUGACGAGGCCUUCUCUACGGAGCCCUUGAAGAACACGGGGAGGGGGCCCCCGCUGGGCUUCUACCACGUCCAAAAUAUCGCGGUGGAGGUGACCAGGUCCUUCAUCGAAUACAUCAAGAGCCAGCCCCUUGUCUUCGAGGUCUUUGGGCACUACCAGCAGCACCCGUUCCCGCCCCUCUGCAAGGACGUGCUCAGCCCCCUGAGGCCCUCACGCCGCCACUUCCCACGGGUCAUGCCGCUCUCCAAGCCAGUGCCGGCCACCAAGCUCAGCACGCUGACGCGGCCCUGCCCAGGGCCCUGCCACUGCAAGUACGACCUGCUGGUCUACUUCGAGAUCUGCGAGCUGGAGGCCAAUGGCGACUACAUCCCGGCAGUGGUGGACCACCGCGGUGGGAUGCCAUGCAUGGGGACCUUCCUGCUCCACCAGGGCAUCCAGAGACGCAUCACCGUGACCCUGCUGCAUGAGACGGGCAGCCACAUCCGCUGGAAAGAAGUGCGGGAGCUGGUAGUGGGUCGCAUCCGAAACACCCCGGAAACGGACGAGUCUCUGAUUGACCCUAACAUCUUGUCACUCAGCAUCCUCUCGUCCGGAUACAUCUGCCCGGCCCAGGACGACCGAACCUUUUACCAGUUUGAGGCUGCGUGGGACAGCUCCAUGCACAAUUCCCUCCUGCUGAACCGGGUCACCCCUUACCGAGAGAAGAUCUACAUGACCCUCUCUGCUUAUAUCGAGAUGGAGAAUUGCACGCAGCCGGCCGUGGUCACCAAGGACUUCUGCAUGGUCUUCUACUCCCGCGACGCCAAGCUGCCCGCCUCACGCUCCAUCCGCAACCUAUUCGGCAGUGGGAGCCUGCGGGCCUCGGAGAGCAACCGCGUGACGGGCGUGUACGAGCUGAGCCUGUGCCACGUGGCUGACGCGGGCAGCCCAGGCAUGCAGCGGCGGCGCCGGCGGGUGUUGGACACGUCCGUGGCCUACGUCCGCGGCGAGGAGAACCUGGCGGGCUGGAGGCCGCGCAGUGACAGCCUCAUCCUGGACCACCAGUGGGAGCUGGAGAAGCUGAGUCUCCUGCAGGAGGUAGAGAAGACAAGACACUAUCUGCUGCUGCGGGAGAAGCUGGAGACGGCCCAGCGGCCCGGCCCCGAGGCGCCGUCCCCCGCCUCCAGUGAGGACUCCGAGGCCCACGGCUCGUCCAGCGCCUCCUCCCCGCUCACAGCCGAGGCCCGGCCGGCAUCCCUGGAGGCGCCCAGCGAGAGGCAGCGGGAGCUGGCUGUCAAGUGCUUACGGCUGCUCACCCACUCCUUCAACAGAGAGUACACCCACAGCCACGUCUGCGUCAGCGCCAGCGAGAGCAAGCUCUCUGAGAUGUCAGUCACGCUGCUGCGGGACCCGUCCAUGUCCCCGCUGGGGGCCGCCACACUCACCCCCUCCUCCACCUGCCCCUCCCUGGUCGAGGGCCGGUACGGGGCCUCUGACCUAAGGACCCUACAGCCCUGCUCCCGGCCGGCCAGCCCGGAGCCUGAGCCCCUGCCCGAGGCGGAUGCCAAGAAGCCCCCCUCCCCUGCACGGGCAGCAGAAGCCGACAAGGAGCCCCAGCGCCUGCUGGUGCCCGACAUCCAGGAAAUCCGCGUCAGCCCCAUCGUCUCCAAGAAGGGCUACCUGCACUUCCUGGAGCCGCACACGGCCGGCUGGGCCAAGCGCUUCGUGGUGGUGCGGCGGCCCUAUGCCUACAUGUACAACAGUGACAAGGACGCCGUGGAGCGGUUCGUGCUCAACCUGUCCACUGCCCAGGUGGAGUACAGUGAGGACCAGCAGGCCAUGCUGAAGACCCCCAACACGUUCGCGGUGUGCACGGAGCACCGGGGCAUCUUGCUGCAGGCCAGCAGCGACAAGGACAUGCACGACUGGCUGUACGCCUUCAACCCCCUGCUGGCUGGGACGAUACGGUCCAAGCUGUCCAGGAGGAGGUCUGCCCAGAUGCGGGUCUGA